AUGCCAAGCGGAGGACAAAGAAAACACACGAUAUCGAACAAGACGAGGAAAAGGCCAGGAAAGGACUACGACCAGAUCCAUGAAGACCUGAAGCCAGAAAAAGCGGCGAAGCUCAUGAACCAGGAGGUAUUUUGAAUCCCUCAUUUCGCGUAUCCAACAUGAAUCUGUUUUGAGAUUGAUCUAGACCUCCCUGGCGAUGGACAGUUCUACUGUAUCGAGUGCGAAAGAUAUUUUGUGGACGAGAAAACUCGUCAAAUCCAUCGGAAAACAAAGGUUUUUUUUUACUCUUCUUUUAAUUGGAAAAAAUUAAUGAAAAAUGAAUUUUUUUUUAUUCAAGCUGCACAAAAACCGAGUGAAGACGCUGAAAGAAGUACCUUAUACGGUGAAAGAAGCACAGGCCGCCGGCGGAAUGGGUCAUUACCCAUUCAUCAUGUUGAGAACCCCAAAGUCCGUGCGCCCACAGGAAGCCGAAAUGAAGGAGGAACCCGAAGAAAAUUCGACAAAAACUAAUGAUUGA